AUGGAAAAUCAGCACAUUAAAAGUAGGUCAGUAAAUUUUAUAAAUGAAACGUUGGAAUUUUUAGUGGAUACAGGUAGCAGCGUAAAUAUAAUUCGUUUAUCCGCAUUAACGGCGGAUACGAAGUUGGUACCAGGUGAAGCGAUUUCUUUAAGGGGAAUAAGUAAUAUGUUAGAAACCACCAUAGGUAUAGUAGAGAUACCAAUAGAAAUAGGUACAGAAAUAUUCGAAAAUAUAAAGUUUUAUAUAGUUAAAAACGAUAUGCCACUCAUUAAAGCAGGUAUAUUAGGUAGACCAUUUUUCCAGUUACAAAACACUACAAUAAAUAUGCCAUACGGGUGUAGCGCACACACGUUAACAUUAGGAAAUCAUAUAAGAAUACCUCCGCGUGUAGAAUACAUAAUGGCAGUAGGUGUUGACACUGGGACGGUUAAGGAUAAUGAGGUAAUAACUAUUCAAAAGGGAGAGCUACAGGAACAAGUAUUCAUAGGCAACGUUAUAAACAUAGUGAAGGACGGGCACGUGCUAGUAAACGUCAUAAAUUUAUCUGAUGAGGAAAAAAUAAUACGACCGGUGCGAUUAAGUCAAUUAAAUUAUGAAUUAUAUAGGGAACAAUCGAUAAUGUAUAUUAACACUACCGAAAGUGAAACCUUGCCAAAUUAUUCCGAAAGGGUACAACAGUUAAAAAAGGAAUAA